AUGGACACCGAACCGGUCGCCGGAACCACCACCACCACCACCACCACCACCACCACCAUCGUCGGCGCCGCCCCGCCCGACGACGACGACGACGACGAGGAGGAGGAGGAGACCCGCCCGGGCGGCGCGCGGACAACCUCGGCCCCCCGGUUCUGGAUCGACUUCUCCCUCUUCGACGACGGCCUCGACGCCGCCGCCACUGCAGCAGCAGCAACAGCCGACACCCUUCCGCGCUUCCACCGCUUCCCGGACCUGCCCCCGGAGAUCCGCAUCAAGAUCUGGUCCUACCUCGUCGCCCCCCGCGUGGUCGCCGCCUGCUGCUUCGAGCGCGACCACCGCCUGCCCGCCCGCUCCGUCCCCGCCCCCUGCGAGCCCUCUUCGUCGUCGUCGCCGCCAACGUGCCCGGUGGCGGCAACGGCGGCGGCGCCCAUGGUCUUCAACCCCACCUGCCCCGUCCUCCUCCUCGUCUGCCGCGAGUCCCGCGCCCUGGGCCUCGCGCAUUACGAGCUCGCCUUCUCCUGGCGCGUGUCGGCCCUUGCCGCCGCCGUCGCCCGCCCGCCCCGCGCCUGGUUCAACUUCCGCCUCGACGCCCUCUACCUCGCCGGCGCCCUCGACCCCCGCGACCGCUACGGCUUCGACACCCCCGUCGUCCGCUUCCUGCGCCCCCGCGACGCCCGCCGCGUCCGCCGCCUCGCCUGCGCCUUCUCCGCCCUGCGCUACCCCGAGCGCGGGCCCCGACCCGGCCUUCGGCUGCCUGUGGCACGUCGUCGACCGCUUCCCCCGCGCCCGCCGCCUCGUGCUCGCCGUCGCGCCCCGCGACGAGGAGGCCAUGGGCCCGUGCCGGCCGCUGACCGUCGCCGCUGCCGCCGACGACAAUGA